AUGGAGAAAUGGGAGGCUCAGGAAGGUUACAGGGACCACGACGGCGAGCGGGGGAAAAUUACAGUGACUGCGAAGGUGGUAUCAGAGGAGUACACGCAGUACCCAGUGGCGCAUCCAAUUCUACGGAUAUCUGAUCUAGUAGAGCCGGUGCUCGAGUUUGAGGAUGAGAGGGGACGGAGAUGGAGGAGGGGAGGAGGUCGAGGACUGAUAGCAGAUAUUGCUAUAGAUUCUGAUAUAGUUGUUAUUGGUAAUGGUGCUAUUGAUGUUAUUGCUGCUGCUGAUGGGAUUAUGAGUUUGCUUGGUGAGAUGAUUGGCUUUGUAGAUGGUUGUGUUGGGAUUUUGAGCCUCAGUGGGGCAGAGUUUGGCUAUGAUGUAGGCAGGGUGAAAGGUCUCCCUCUAUUUCAGAGGGUAUGUGAUGAUAAAACGACAAUCAGUAAGGUCAUUGAAGAAGCAGGGAUUCCUCAUUCCUUUGUUUCUGCCAACUGUUUUGGGGCUUAG